AUGGAGCACCAGAGGCGUAUUUCGGCGGGCCCUAUGGCCCAAUCCAGCAUGCAUACCGCCAGAAAAAGCUUCGCGAUAACACACACGGUUGUAAACAAGCCGCACCUGGAGAAAGAAAUAGUUUCCGUGCACACAAGUACACCCCUGUUAGAACAGAGAAUUCGUCACGAAGAUGCGAAUCAAACUUAUCAGGGCGAAAUAAACUUGUUGUCCAUUGUAGACACUAACAAAGAAAUAAUGUGUUGCAAGUACACAGAAGACACGAAUGAAGUAGCGGCAGGCUUCACAGACGGUAUAAUCAGGCUUUUCGACUGCAAAACUGGCGGGUGCACGCAUACCUUGGUCGAUGACGAGUGCCGGUCUUACCCUGGCCCUGUGACCGCCAUCAAACACAGACCAGUUAGCAAGGCGCAUCCAAUCACUAACUUGUUACUCUCAUCUUAUGUAAACGGAUGUAUCAAGUGCUGGAAAUAUAAAUACGACCAGUGUUUAUACACUAUUCGAGAGAAACGACAAACACUGGGACUGAAUUAUCAUCCACGAUUUACAAAGUUUAUAUCUUAUGGAGACGAUGCCAGACUGAACAUGUAUGAUGAAGAGGCGCAGACGCAAGAAAGGACAUUCUACUCUAGUCAAAGAAAGAAUUUUAUCGACGGCCACACGUCCCGAAUAUUCGCAUGCGCUUUCAACCCCAAGUCACACCACGAGUUAAUAUCUGGUGGCUGGGACAACUCUGUCAUUUGCUGGGACGAUCGACAGCCGUUCGCAACGCGACAUUUCGUCGGAGUUCACAUUUGCGGAGAAGGCCUAGACUUUGAUAAGCCUGGGAAACAGAUAUUAACAUGUUCAUGGCAGGAUAAAAACAGUAUACAGAUUUGGGAUUACGGGUCAUGCAAAUUGAUAGACACUGUGGUACCAGACAACCAUUCAUCUAAACUGUACUGCGGCAAGUUGGUGCCGUCUACCAAUUUGAUGGUCUGCGGCGGAUCAGAUUCUAACAUACUGAGAGUGGUGGAUGUCAAUUUGAAAUUGACUGAAUGCUCAAUCAGAAACAACCCCGGUGCCAUAUACGCUUUCGACUUCGGCACAGUCAGGAGAAAGCCUAGAAAAGUGCCAGACACCUAUAGACGGACAAGCGAGCUGCAACAUGUACCUAGAGUCUCUUUCGUCACUGGGAAAAGACUACAAACAGUGGACUUUGGCUAA